AUGUCUCAACCACCAUCACAUAUGCGAGAUUUAUCACAGCAGAUCUCUGCUGCCACGUCCGUCUUGAUCAGUUUUCUCUCCUCCAAUGCCCUAUCAGAGCCAUCUUUCCGCUCGGAUGCCCUCUCGACAACCCUGGCAUGCCCGAAGACGUACAGAUCGCCCGCCGCAAUCUGCGAGAAGCCGGCGCAGGAGCUUUAUAUUUUGGCCACUUAUCCGAACGAGGACAUUCGAUGGCUAGCAUGCAGCAUAUACCAUUUCAAAAUCGCGUCGUUACUCCCAGUGCAGGACACGAGAGGCUUUUCAGAUAUCGCGGAGGAUGCUGGUGUGGACGAAGGACUGCUUCGAAGAAUCCUCCGGGAAGCCAUGACUAACCGGAUCUUCUGCGAACCUCGCGUCGGUUUUGUGGCGCACACGGCGGCUUCGAGUGCUUCGAUCUGGGAUAAAUGA